UGUCUGAUUCUGAUUUCAACCCGCACCGUGGCCGGUUUACAAUCCCCUCUUCUUUCUCGCCGCGGCCACCCCAGAAGAAAAAAUUUCAUAAAGGGGAGACUUUACAAUGCUGGAGGCAAGAAGCCUGAGAAAGGCCGUUGUCCCUUCAACUCUCAUUGAGAAUCCUUCUCCUGGAAAUCUCCAGCCCACUCGCCUUGCUCUCCAUGUUAAUGAGGAUGCCUUCUCUUGUUGGGUCUACAUGGCUUCUGGGUGUCAUGUCUACAAACUGCAGGUUCCAAUGCAAGAUUCUUUUGUUAGCAAGGGGAAAGAAAGCCUUCUCAUUCCUGUCCAAACACAGGUCAUGGACUCUUCUGUAGUUAACCGAUGCCCUCAUCGUUCAGAAAUUCAGAGUAUAGUGCUUUGUGAAACUGAAAGCCUUGGUAACUUGGUGUUGGGAAGUGUGGAUUGCUAUGGUCAUCUUAUUGUCUCUAAACUAGAUAGUAGUGGUAAAGAUAUUGAUAGCCUUACAUAUUCAGUAUUGCCAAGAGAUUCGGGUGUUGGAGAAGGUAGUUGGGCAGGGCUCUGUUUCAGUCCAAGUCAAUGGUCAAUGGCAGCUGUAGCAAGGAGCUUCUGCAAAAGCAUUGAUGUUUAUGACCAAGACAUUCACCUACGAACUUUGCGUACACUCUGGUAUCCAUCCUCAUUGAAUUUUUUGCAGAAUUUAAAUAAUGGAAAUGGAAGUUCAAUUUUAGCCAUCGCUGAGGGCUGCCAGCUGACAAUAUGGGACUUGAGGAUGAAAGAAAAUGGUGGUUGUCUACAUCGAAUUUGUGGUUCUCUUGGUGAUAAUUUCUAUGCUGUCUGCAGUUCACCAACUGGCUAUAUAGCUGUGGGUGGAGCUGAUCGCACUGUGACUAUUUAUGAUCCUCGGAGAUGGUCGCCACUGGCAAGAUGGGUGCACUGUUCAAAAUAUGAGAUAACUGGACUUGCAUUCUCAUCACUGGACUCUGAUUAUAUCUAUAUUCAAGGUGUUGACUAUGAGGUCUGUUGUGGCCAAUGGAAAGAGAGCACUAAGGUCUUUUCAUUCAGAGGAGAUUCAAACUGGCUUGGGUUCAAUAAGUGUUCGAAUUCAAGUAGGGAUUUACUCGGCGGAUGGUGUGAUUCUGGUAGUGUGUUCCUGGCUGAUGUUGGAAUUAAUGGAAGCUCAGUAGAAACCUCAAAAGUCAAAAAGGAGACGGAUAUCAUCCCAAGUGGUUGUUGAGCUGUCUUCUUUUCUUUUUAGUUGGCUUUUGCUCCUUGUUUGUCCACAAAUUUUGUUCAGUCAGCAGCAUUUUAUCAUCACAGUUUCAAGCGGCCAUUGCUUCCAGUCAAGCCAUUACAUUAAUGAGCUUUAAGCUUUUCACAAUCUAAAGUCUUUAGUCUCCUGGAAUCCAUCAUCCACAUGAUUUCUGGGUUUUGACCAUCCAAGUGUGGCCAUUGAAGACCAGCAAUAGGAUGCAGACAUAAUUGCAAAUACUAUUGAUUUCUGUAAGCUUCUUUGAUUCUGGAAGAUGAAGAGUUUAAGGAUUCAUUCUUUUAUGUGUCAGUCUUCAAGAAGGCUCUUUGGAUUGAUUUGAAUUUUCUUGUUACAUUGACACAGGCAAGUGGCUGCCUGCAGAGAAAAAGGAAAAAAAAAAACAGUUCAUGGGUUUUA